AUUUGACCGUGGUUGAAAUGAUUGCAUGCAGAUUUUUGACCCGCGGUUAAGGUACCGGAGUUGAGACGACUGUACGAAGGUUAUGGCAGCUGGACCUCUCCCGCAGAGAGAGUUGCAGAAGAGAGAGGGGGACCUAGCUACUGCUAGAUAUUGAGGAGACAUAGCGGCAGAUGAGGAGAAAGAGAUCGAAGAAAUGCUUAUAUCGAGAAAAAUUGCUUGCGGAUAAAGAGCGGCCUUCCCGUUUCUAUUCUAGGGUUUCAAACCAGAUUCUUCUGUCGGACGACUCUUGCCAAUUUAGGGUUCUUCAGCCCCUCUGCUUCACGUUUUUCGGCUUCCCAACUUGCUAGCGCCUCCAUAUUUCGAUUAUCGGUUCGACAAGUUGCGGAUGAGAGAUCUUUGCUGAAGUUUACCGCAAUGGCUUCUUCCGAGAUAUCGAUUAAAGAUUCUGAGGACGCGCUUUACACGGAGCUUUGGCAUGCCUGCGCCGGUCCUCUGGUAACGGUGCCGCGCGAGGGAGAGAGAGUUUUCUAUUUCCCUCAAGGACACAUCGAGCAGGUUGAAGCAUCCACGAAUCAGGUUGCUGACCAGAAGAUGCCGGUUUAUCAACUAUCAUCUAAGAUCCUCUGCCGUGUGAUCAACGUCCAAUUGAAGGCCGAACCAGAUACCGACGAAGUAUUUGCUCAAAUUACUCUGCUUCCUGAACAGAACCAAGAUGAGAACUCGGUCGAGAAGGAGACACUGCCAUCUCCCACUUCGCGCCCUCACGUACAUUCCUUCUGUAAAACCUUGACCGCCUCAGAUACAAGCACUCAUGGUGGUUUUUCUGUCUUGCGACGGCAUGCAGAUGAAUGCCUCCCCCCGCUGGACAUGUGCCGCCAACCACCUACUCAGGAGUUGGUAGCGAAGGAUCUGCACGGAAUUGAGUGGCGCUUCCGCCACAUAUUUCGUGGUCAGCCUAGGAGGCACCUGCUUCAAAGUGGUUGGAGUGUCUUUGUUAGUUCAAAAAGGCUUGUUGCAGGGGACGCUUUUAUUUUUCUGAGAGGUGGAAAUGGGGAACUUCGAGUAGGGGUGAGACGAGCUAUGAGACAACAGAGUAAUGUUCCAUCUUCGGUUAUAUCUAGUCACAGUAUGCAUCUGGGCGUCCUUGCUACAGCAUGGCAUGCUGUCUCAACAGGAACCAUGUUCACUGUAUACUACAAGCCAAGGACAAGUCCUGCUGAUUUUAUAGUUCCAUUUGAUCAAUAUAUGGAAUCUAUAAAAAAUUACUAUUCUAUAGGUAUGAGAUUCAAAAUGAGGUUUGAAGGUGAAGAAGCUCCCGAGCAGAGGUUUACAGGCACCAUAGUUGGCAUUGGAGAUGCAGAUCCUGACAGGUGGCCUGGAUCAAAAUGGAGAUGUCUCAAGGUGCGGUGGGAUGAAACUUCUUCUGUUCAUCGUCCAGAGAGAGUUUCCCCUUGGCAAAUAGAACCUGCUUUGGCCCCUCCAGCACUGAAUCCCCUACCAAUGCCGAGGCCCAAAAGGCCCCGUUCUAACAUGGUUCCCUCCUCUCCCGAUUCCUCUGUCCUUACAAGAGAAGGUUCAUCUAAAAUCACAGCAGACCCUUCACCAAAUGGGUUUCCAAGGGUCUUGCAAGGUCAAGAAAUCUCGACCUUGAGAUGCACCUUUUCUGAGAAUAAUGAAUCAGACACAGCUCAGAAGCCUGUUGUAUGGUCUUCAUCUCAUGAUGAAGAAAAUAGUGACAUGGUUUCUGCCGAGAGAAGAUUUGGAACAGAGAAUUGGGCACCUUUGGUGAGGCAUGAAACAUCAUAUAAAGAUCUGCUGUCUGGUUUCCGUCCUACUGACUCCUCUCAUGGGUUUUGUCCACCUUAUGUUGACCAAAAUCCAGAGGAUAACCUGAUGAAAAAGCAUUUCCAAGACCAGGAAGAAAAACUGAACUUGCUUUCAGGCCCGUGGUCGAUGAUGCCUUCAAGCUCCUCAAUGAACAUGUUGGAGCCUAGUAUAAAGGCACCUGGACAAGCUGGUGAAAUACCUUGUCAGAAGCCAGGAAGUGGAAAAUAUGGUGGGUUUAGUGGUUAUCCUAUGGUACAGAAUUUUAGAGUGGAGCAGCAUUCAGGAAACUGGUUGAUGUCUCUUCUGCCACCAUCUCGUACUGAAAAUAUACCUCAUUCAAGAGGGAAACGCCCCCAACCUGAAUUUUCACAACCUGAUGCUAGAAAACCCAAAGGAGAUGGAAGUUACAAACUCUUUGGUAUUCCCCUCAUCAGCAAGCCUGUCACAUCUGAACCAGCAGUGUCACAUACAAAUCCUAAAUAUGAGCCUGAAGUUUGUGCACAUCAUGCGUUUCAACAGCAGCAAGGAUUGGAUUCUGAUCAACACUCUGAACAGUCAAAGGGCUCAAAGUCAGUAGAUGCUGCGAUCCCGGGCAAUGAGAAGGAGAAACCCUACCAAGCUCCUCAGCAUCUUUCUAGGGAUGUUCAAAGCAAGCUUCAGGGUGCUUCAACCAGGAGCUGCACCAAGGUUCACAAGCAGGGAAUUGCUCUUGGGAGGUCGGUGGACCUAACCAAGUUCAGUGGCUAUGAUGAACUGAUUGCUGAGUUGGAUCAUAUGUUUGAUUUUAAUGGUGAAUUAAUGUCUCCCCAAAAAAGUUGGCUGAUUGUAUAUACUGAUAAUGAGGGCGAUAUGAUGCUUGUUGGAGAUGAUCCUUGGCAGGAAUUUUGUAGCAUUGUUCGCAAGAUCUGCAUUUACACCCGGGAGGAGGUCCAGAAAAUGAACCCUAGAAGUCUAAACCCAAAAACUGAGGAAAGCCCAGUGGUGAUAGAAGAAAGUGCGAGUGCAAAGGAAGGGAAAUGUUCAGGCCCUAAAGUGGCCACUCUUGGCAACUCUUAGGUUUGUUUCACGUUGCAUGGUAAGUUGGUGGUCAUAUUUACCUAACUAGUUAAUCCAGUAUUGGGAUCCAAAGGGGCUUCUUUGGGUCUUCCUGAAGAGGGGAUUGAAUAUCAAUGCAGAGAAGGAAAGCCUGAAGUUUGGAGUUCUGUACCAGAUGAUGAUUAAGGCCUUCUUCCUCUGGUGCAACUUGCACAUAUUUGGAACGACAGGUUAAAUCUCCCAGUUUUGGAUGUAUUGUGAUUUUUGCUGACAAUAGUUCCUAUGGUGGUUUUAUAAUAUCGUAUACACAACAUAUAUAUACAUAUUUUCUGCAAGGCUUGUGUAGCCUUGUAACCGUGUACAGAGUUCUUUUUUCAAUCCUUUACUAUUUUGUUAGAUCGCUCCCUCUUUUCUUUCAUAUGUACGCAGACAGAAUGUCAUACGACUGUUUUAGCGUGUGAUUUUUAUGGUCUCCUUAAAAAGUCCAUUCCCUUGUUUGUACUUUUGUAGCUGAAAGAGUGAAUGCCCUGCAAUGUAAGAUUUGGAUGCCUUGUCAUGAAUUUUCUAACCCAUACGUUAAUCUCAGUUCUGAUGACC